AUGGAAGAACAAGAUCGAACCAAUGUUGAUCCAACCCCCUUGUUUCGAGCACCACCACCGAGAAUGCAAUCUUUGGAUGACAUAGCAGUAUCACCAUCACCAUCCCAACCGCGUCAAUCAUCUGUGAAUUCUUGUCAAGAAAUUUACACUCCUCAAGUUGGUGAGAAUGGUAAAGUAAUAAGGAAGGAAUAUGUUUGUUUUAAAGGAGGGGAGAGGAGAAAUUUUAAGGCCACUAAACGGCGUCAGGGUUUAACUAGAGACAAAUGUGGUGCAAAACUUGCUGUCGUGAGAAAAUGUGAAGUGUUUGUUGUAUCAAAAUUUGUCGAGAGUCAUAACCAUGAGCUUACAAUGCCAAGAAAUGUGCAUUUGUUAAAAUCUCAUCGCCGAGUAUUAGCUGCACAAAAAGCUUUAACGGAACAAUUAUCAGCUGCUAAUGUACCAACUUGCCAACAAAUGAGUAUUUUUGAGUUGCAAACGGGGGGUAUUAAAAAUGUUGGAUUUUUACCACGAGAUCUUUACAAUGAUAAAAGAGAUAGGAAGAAUGUAGUACAUGGUCAUGACGCGAACAUGUUGUAUGAGCAUUUCGAGAUGGAACAACAAAAGAAUCCGGGCUUUAGGUUCACAUUCGAGAGAGAUGAUAAGGAUAGAAUGACUCAUUGUUUUUGGGCGGAUGCCACCUCUAGAAAGUCAUAUCAAUAUUUUGGGGACGUGGUAGUUUUUGAUACUACGUACUACACAAACAAAUAUUCCUUGAUGUUUGCACCUAUAUUGGGGGUCAACCACCACAGACAGAUAACACUUCUUGGGUGUGCAUUCUUGAGUGAUGAAAAAACUGACUCGUUUGUGUGGCUCUUCAAUGAAUGGUUAAAAGCGAUGCCAGGUGGACCACCCAAAUUGAUCAUAACUGAUCAAGAUCCGGCGAUGACAAGAGCAAUUUGCUUGACGAUUUUCUAA